AUGCAGUCCAGCUAUGAGUCGGAGAAGCCGGAUGCUGCUGGUCAGCAUCACCCACAGCACCACCCUCAACCAGAGCCAGAGCCGAAGCCAGAGCCAGAGCCAGAGCACCAACAGAGCUAUCCUCCCCGCGUCUGCCGCAUCUGCCUAGAGACUGUUUUGCCAACCUUGCAACCGUCCGAGUUUUUACAAAAGCCUCGCGUCGUAUAUCUCUCCGAGGACCCGGAACUAGGUCGCCUGCUCCGCCCAUGCAAAUGCAAAGGCUCCUCGCGUUAUGUCCACGAGGGCUGUCUGCAAACAUGGCGUCACGCUGACCCCCGGUAUGGUCGUCGCAAUUUCUGGCAGUGUCCCACCUGCGGCUUUCAGUACCGCUUGGAACGAUUGACCUGGGCUCGAUGGAUCAGUAGUACAAGCACGCAGAUCUUCCUGACCAUAACCAUCUUGUUUUUGACCGUUUUCAUCCUUGGUUUUGUUGCUGACCCCAUCAUUGAUUUCUACCUCGGCCCCCUGGAUGAUAUUCCCCUGGACGUUGACAUUGACUUUGACGACGAGAAUGCCUCAUGGCUGGAACAUAUCGUCAAAGGGAUGGCCUCUUUGGGUCUACUCUCAUUCAUUCGGGUCGCUUUCACCAUGUCGCCUUGGUGGGGUGCCCGCAGCAUUGCCGGCGGUCGUUCUACCAAUGGUCGAGAUCGGGUGCGCUCGUUGAACUGGCUUUUCGUUGUGAUGGGAAUCGUCAGCUUCUUAUGGGCUGUCUACAAAGGUGUUCGAUCAUGGACCAAGCGGUCUCUUGAACGCGCCGGCGAACGUGUCAUGGAUGUGCCUCUCCCCGAUGACGAGGAAGAAGAACCUGGCCCAAUGCCCAAUCCAGAGGUCCACCUGGACCCCGACGCAAGCGCCAGCAGCGAUGGCCUGGUACUAGCGAGCAGCAGCAUCGCCAACCUUCCCCGCGGGCCAUUCCGGACUGCCGCUCAAGCGAAGGAGCCCUUCCCUAUUUUCAAGGAGGAAGACAUCGAGGCUCAUACCGCGAUGGAACAAUCGUUGCAGGCAGCUUUUGCGGCGGCUGCCCGAGCAGAAACUCGACGAAGCAUCGUGGAGCUGGUCAUUCAGGCUCCGGCUGUCCUGGAUGAUACUAAGGGCGAGAUCCUGAAUGCUAUGGAAGGCCUGUCAACCCCUCCAUCUCACUCACCAAACCCGGAAGUGCUUCAUGGCGCUGGCAAAUUUGGUCCCGUGACCAUCGAGCUGGACGCCGUUGAGAUCAUAUACGUUAUGCUCCCGUACAUGGAGAGAAUGGCGAUCCGAGUUCAAGAUCUGGUCGAAGCAACAGACUGGGUCGGUGCAAUCCACGCCACUAUUGUCGAGGUCGCAGAGAUGGACACCGUCCUCGCGUCCAUUGACCAAGAGGAGCCGUUCGACCUCAUGAAAUACCAGAUGAUGGCGAACGUUGUAGAGAAUACAGAGUUGUUCGACGUGUUCAUCUUGGAGCCAUUCUCUCACGCUGAGAAGCUCGCCAGACCCGGUAUGACUAGGGAAGUUCGUGCACUCGUCUUCGACCACGUCGAUUCCAUCCGGAAAACGAUGCAGGGCACCAAAUUCACCUACGCCCUCUACCAUGAGAAGCUGGUGACUCUCAAGGAAAUGUAG